CCGAAGCAGGAAGGAAGGCAGCCAGAGAGGGGAGGAAGGGAGUGCAUGCUAAUAAGCUCCGUCGUAGUCCUAUCGUUGUGGUAAAGGUAGGGUUUGACCAAAUAUCCUGGAAUGGAGAGGAGCGCCGGCGGCUGUUGAACGUUGUAGAAUGCGCCAGAGCCGCGCUUGCGCCGCGCGCCCGCAGCUCCACGGUUGACCGGCUGCACCGUCUUUUUGCGCGGACUGAAAUGCAUCGAGCCUGCCCGGGAUUCUCGUUCUGACCAUGGAGAUUGAAAAUAUCGUGGCCAACACGGUUCUCCUCAAGGCGAGGGAAGGGGGAGGCGGGAAGAGGAAUGGCCGCAGCAAGAAGUGGAAGGAGAUGCUGAAGCUCCCGCACAUCAGCCAGUGUGAGGAGCUGCGCCGCACUGUUGAGAGGGACUACACCAGUCUAUGUGAGAAGCAGCCCAUCGGCCGGCUGCUGUUCCGUCAGUACUGUGACACCAGGCCGGAGCUGAAGCGCUGCAUCGACUUCAUGGACGCCGUGGCCAUGUACGCGCUCGCUCCUGAUGAGAAGAGGAGGGACUGUGGACUGAAUCUUCUAGACACAUACUUUAAUAACGGGUCGGCGGUCCACCUGCCCGACAUCCCCCAGGACUGGGUGGCUUCGUGCCGCGAGAGGUUGGAGCAGACUCCGUGUAAGGAGCUCUUCAAUGACUGCACCAAAAUAGUUCGGGAUCACCUGAGCGGAGCUCCGUUUUCUUCCUACCAGGAGUCCAUGUACUUCUCUCGCUUCCUGCAGUGGAAAUGGUUGGAAAGGCAACCAGUAACCAAAAAUACCUUCAGACAUUAUAGAGUACUAGGAAAAGGUGGUUUUGGCGAGGUUUGUGCCUGCCAAGUACGAGCCACCGGUAAGAUGUACGCCUGUAAAAAGCUGGAAAAGAAGCGGGUGAAGAAAAGAAAAGGUGAAGCAAUGGCACUAAACGAAAAACGCAUUUUAGAAAAAGUUAACAGUAGUUUUGUAGUUAGUCUAGCAUACGCCUACGAGACCAAGGAUGCGCUGUGCCUGGUGCUCACCAUAAUGAACGGCGGUGACCUAAAGUUUCACAUCUACAAUAUGGGAAACUCCGGCUUUGACGAGCAGAGGGCCAUCUUCUACGCCGCAGAGAUCUGCUGUGGCCUGGAGGACCUGCACCGCGAGAGGAUAGUCUACAGGGAUCUGAAACCUGAAAACAUUCUUCUGGAUGACCGUGGACACAUCCGUAUUUCCGACCUGGGCCUGGCAGUUCAAAUUCCGGAGGGGGAGACGAUACGAGGGAGAGUGGGCACUGUGGGAUACAUGGCUCCAGAGGUGAUCCAGAACGAGAGCUACACCUUCUGUCCGGACUGGUGGGGGCUGGGCUGCCUGGUGUUCGAAAUGAUCCAGGGCCAGUCGCCUUUCCGCAAACGUAAGGAGCGAGUGAAGCGGGAGGAGGUGGACAGGCGGGUGCGCGAGGACCAGGAGGAGUACUCUGACAAGUUCUCUGAGGAGGCCAAAGACAUCUGCAGACAGCUCCUGGCCAAAGACCCCAAGGAGAGGCUGGGCUGCCGGGGCUCCGGGGGAGUGGAGGUCAAGCAGCACCCCAUCUUCAGAAACAUUAACUUCAAACGGCUAGAGGCCCACAUGCUGGACCCCCCCUUCGUCCCAGACCCUCGGGCCGUGUACUGUAAGGACGUCCUGGACAUUGAGCAGUUCUCCACCGUCAAAGGCGUGAACCUUGACCCCACAGAUAACGACUUCUACCACAAGUUUGUGACGGGCAGUGUCUCCAUCCCGUGGCAGAAUGAGAUGAUCGAGAUGGAGUGCUUCAAAGAAAUCAACGUCUAUGAGACGGAUGGGACGCUGAGCCAGGACCUGGACGUGAACCGACCCAACCCUCCUCCAAAGAGAGGCUUCUUCUACCGACUGUUCAGAAGAGAGGCAAGUGCUAGCGCUUCUGCAACUGUCCGAGGGGGUGGGGGCUAAGGUCUGUAUUAAGAGCUCUUACAGUGACGACGAGAUGGAGCAGCCCUCAAGACUGUAACCACUCCCUCCGCCCGCACCGCUUCACCACAAACUCCAACCCGAUCUUAGGAACUCAGUGAAUGUCAACCUGUAUUUAUGAGCUGUAUUAAAAGUGUAUUAUAGUUAAAGAAAAAAAAGUAUGAGUUUAAAGAUUUUGUACAUUUGUACUUGAAUUUAUGUCUAGAUGUAUAUUUUCACUAAAGGUUGUAUUGUACAAAAAGCCAUAAAAGUACCACUUGAAUGCAUACGUAAUGUUUUAUUUACUAAUGUGUUUUGGGGAGUUUAUUUUAAGAAGCUCAGUACAAGUAGUCUUUUUACGUUCCUCUAUGUAGCAGAAGGCCUUUUCUGUUUUCUGUAAGCUGUCUGUCAUUCACUCAGCCAAAGCGACGUGUUUUUGGCACAUAAACUCCGCCUGAUCCCCGACUAACUCUUCGCCUCCGUAGGCCUCGUGGCUCAGGUAGAUCUAAAUGAACCAUGUACUGUAGAUACAAGUGGGAGGAAUCUAGUCCUGUCUAUUUCCCAAACCUCAAACCUUUUUUUUUUUUUUUUUUUUUUUAAAAAGUUCUCCUCCAUUCUGCCCAGAAGUUCAACUUAAACUGGACUCUCUCCUCAACCGAUUCUCUUCUGAAUUCAUAUCUGACAAUCUUUUAGUCGGCUUGAGUGACUAAGAAGGAUUUCUUUCAUGAAUUAAAGUCUAAAGUGUCUAAAGAUGGAUUUUUCCUGACACAGUUUCCACUUGGUUGGAAACACGAUGGUUUUGUAAAUGUUGCAUUGUUCCAUCAUCACUGACCUUCUUCCUUUUGCUUUCGUUGUAUUAACCAGCUUUUAUAUGCUGUGAGCUAUGUGCAGUGCAGAAAAAUGACCCCAUACACUUUUUUUGGGGGAGGGUGAGGAGUCUGAGAGACGAUUCUAGCAAGGACUUUUAUUUGUCUCAAAAAGUAGUUAGUUGCUACAAAACCCUGUGUGGCUCAUUCUCAAAAGCACCGGGUUUAAAUGAAAUAUGUCCAAAGUCUUUCCUUCCCGUUUACCAAUCACAAUCAAUCUGUAGAUUUCUCAUUUUGUCCGGUGUUGACGGUUUAUUUCUCUUGAAGCAGUAGCUGUUUGCUCCCCCACUGCUUGUUUUUAAUGCUGUGAAUACCCAUCCUGACCUGUAUCUGUAGGUUAACGUGGCUUUGUAAAUCCAAACGUGAACGGUCCACAGAAAAGCCUUUCAUCAGUACUGAAGUAGAGGAUAGAUCUGGAAUAGCUGACCUCCUCCAGACAGCUGAGGGGACACGUCCACGCGCCACGUUCAGGAAGGGACGUGGCGAGUUCGCCUCCUGUCGCACAUCCCACAAUCGGCUAUGUGGAUGUGUCGCUGGCUUGUCAUCACUUGCGUUUGUGUCUUGUUUUGGGAAAAAGAACAAAAAAAAUUUUUGUUUGAUUUUUUUUUGUUCUCAGGCACAUUAUGAAGCUAAAUUUCCCACAUGUAGAUUUUAGCCUUUUAGCUCUUUAGCCUCAAAAACCUUGUAAAUGACGUAUAUCUAACAUGUAGUUAAGCUCGGUCACGUAAUCGCUCAUUGUUUGAAAACCCAAACAUGAGAUUUAUACUCGCUGUCUUUGCACUUCUGUUAGCUUUGACAAUGACCAUUGGAAGUGUCUUCAUCCUAUUUUGCCAAAAUCACCUCCAUCAACCCAAAUUUGUUUUGUUAUCUGAAGUGUUUACUUAAGAAAGACUGACGGCCUUUACUCCACGUGCCAAUUACCAAACCAACUCCUGUUUUCUCUUUUGACCUUUGAGACUUUCCGUCCGCCAAGAGAAGUUCCUUCUUUGGUAAAGAACCUCUGAACAACUCAAAUGUUUUGAAUGUCCGCACUAAGUGCAUUGUAAUGCCUCUUUUCUUCCUGCUUAGAUUUUUUUGUUAAAGAUGAAUGUUUUUAUGACUCAAGCAUGCAUUGGUUUGUUCAUCGUGCGUGCGUGCGUGCGUGCGUGCGUGCGUGCGUGCGUGCGUGCGUGCGUGCGUGUGUGUGUGUGUGUGCGCGUGCGUGCGUGCGUGCGUGCGUGCGUGCGUGCGUGCGUGCGUGCGUGCGUGUGAGUGAGUGAGUGAGUGAUGACCGUACAUCUCACUGGUGUCCGUGGACAACGUCUUGAAUGGCGGGGUGAUGGGCCGAGUGGGGCCGGUUUGGAUGGCGAGCAUUCCUUUCCCUCGAAGCGCUGAUGCCGAGUCAAGCCACCCCCAAAAGCUGGUUGGCGCUCAACGUCUACAACCGCAAGAUCCUCUCUUCCUUUAGGUCGCUUGAAUAUAGUUUUGGGUUUUGUGCCAGUGCAAGUCGAGAGAUUCUGCUGUGUUUCUGUAAAAAUGUAAAGGUGACGUUUUCCAAGGAAGGGGGGAAUAACAAAUGGAUUUUUCCAAGCGGCCAUGUAACUUUGUUGUUUUUUUUUCUUUUUCUUUUCUUCUCUUUUAUUUUUUAAAACUGUACAGACAUGUCAUUCAACCACUGCAGUCAUUGUUAAUUCUUGUAAAAGUUGUAUCACUGGUUGUUGUAUCAUAUCUGACAUUUGUAAUUAUGGAAUAAUACACUGCCAUUUGUAUAAAAAAUAAAACUUGUGUCUUGACCUA